AGCGGAGCCGAACGAGGCCGAGCGGAGCCGAGUGCGAGCCGAGCGGAGCCGAACGAGGCCGAGCGGAGCCGAACGAGGCCGAGCGGAGCCGAGUGCGAGCCGAACGAGGCCGAGCGGGGCCCGGGCCGAGCAGGACCCCCGGGGACUCACCGGGACCAACCGGGACCAAGUGGCGCCGCCAUGUGCGACAUGGCGGGUGGCGGUGGUGGCUGCGGGGCGGACGCGGAACCGCCGCGGCGCCGCCGCGCACCGGCAGACAGCCACCCCCGAACGUGCAUGAAGUGCGGGCAGGGCACGGCCGCGCUCGUCAUCCGCGUCGGGGACCCCUUCUGCCGUGACUGCUUCCGCGAGUACUUCGUGCACAAGUUCCGUGCCAUGCUGGGCAAGAACCGCGUCAUCUUCCCGGGAGAGAAGGUGCUGCUGGCAGUGUCGGGGGGCCCGGCCUCCUGUGCCAUGGUCCGGCAGGUGCAGGAGGGGCUCAGCCGGGAGGCGGCCAAGAGGCUCCGCUUCGUCCCCAGCCUCGUCUACGUUGAGGAGGGAGCCGUGCGCAGGCAGAGCCCGGAGCAGCGGGAGCAGACCCUGGCCCAGAUGGAGACCCUGCUGCAGGCCACCGGCUUCCCCUACCACCUGAUCCACCUGGAGGAGGCACUGGAGUUGCCCCCAUCCAUCUUACAGCCGGGGCCGGAGCGCGCCGCCGCGUCCAGCCCGUCCGGCCCUUCCUACAAGGAGGCUGUGGACAACUUCAUCCAGCAGCAGCGGCAGGAUGGGGACAGUGGCACCUCUCUGCCUGGCCACAGCACCCCGGACACCCCAGCAGGAGCCCUGGCCACCCCCCGCCUGCCGGACGCUGCCCAAACCCAGGAGCUGCUCCGCAGCUUCGAGGCCGCGGCGACGGCGACGGCGCGGGAGGAGCUGCUGGAGAUGCUGCGGACCCACCUGAUCGUGCAGACGGCCCGGGACAGGGGCUACGCCAAGGUGAUGAUGGGCGAGAGCCUGACGCGCGUGGCCAUCAAGCUCCUCACCAACCUCUCCCUGGGGCGCGGCGCCUUCCUCGCCGUGGACACGGGCUUCACGGACCAGCGCCACGGUGACGUGAUGGUGGUGAGACCCAUGCGGGACUACACGGCCAAGGAGAUCGCCUUCUACAACCGCUUCUUCGGCGUCCCCACCGUCACUGUGCCACCCCUUUUCACCAAGCGCCGGGAGAAGCUCAGCAUCCACCAGCUGGUCGAGCGCUUCCUGCUGGGGCUGCAGGAGGAGUUCCCCUCCACCAUCAGCACCGUGUACCGGACUGGGGAGAAGCUGAGCCCGGAGCCGGCCAAGGCCAGCAGCGAGUGGCAGCGCUGCCUCCUCUGCCUCUGCGGCCUGGACACCUAUGGGGAGGAGGAGCUCGCUCUGGAGCCCACGCUGAUCUUUGAGGAGCCAGCAGCAGGGGUUGAGAGCAAAGCUGCCUACAUCCCCCUGCUGUGCUACAGCUGCCGCCUCACCUUCAAGGAGCUGGGUCCCCUGGACACGCUGCCGCCCUACGUGCGCGCCGAGGGCCAGCGCAGGAUCCGCAGAGCUGAGAUGGAGCAGAACCAGGAGGCCCGCGAGAGCUGAAGGGGCUGGGGACAGCAGGGGACACAGACCAAUCCCACUGUGGCACUGCUGGGGCAGGUGCCACUCCUCAGGGAUACCCCAGAGGUUGGUGAAGACUCCU